CCCACAUUUCACAAUUUGUCAGAAUUGGAACGACCUUUCAAGAAAACUUGAACAAAAAGUCGACACAAAAUAAGACCCGAAUAAUCAGUACAUUUUUCUUUUUUUAAACCCAUUUUUAUAAUUUGAACUUGUUAGAAUUUCAAGAAAAAUGACCACUCAGAUGAAAUGUCAUUACGAAGUUCUCUGUGUUGAACGUGAUGCAUCACCCGAAGAUCUAAAGAAAGCCUACAGGAAACUUGCAUUGAAGUGGCAUCCAGAUAAAAACCCUGACAAUAUAGAAGAGUGUACUGCCCAGUUCAGAAUUGUGCAACAAGCCUAUGAUGUAUUGGUUGAUCCACAAGAAAGGGCAUGGUAUGAUAAACAUAGAGAGGCUAUUCUUAGAGGAGGAUUAGGACAUGGAGAUAAAUAUGAAGAUGAAAGUUUAGAUGUAUUUCAGUAUUUCAAUGCUAAUUGUUUCUCUGGCUAUAAUGAUGAUGAAAAGGGUUUCUAUGCUGUGUAUACUGAAGUGUUUAGAGUUAUAGCAGAAGAAGAUAAAACAUUUAUGGAUGAUGAUGAGGAGUAUGAAGAACAUCCAGAGUUUGGAGAUUCAAAGAGUGUAUAUGAAGAGAUUGUGGCCCCAUUUUAUGGUUUUUGGGAAAGUUACUGUACAGCUAAAUCCUAUGUCUGGGUAGAGAAGUAUGAUACUCGAGAGGCUCCAGACAGGAGAUGUCGACGAUUAAUGGAGGCAGAGAAUAAAAAGCUGAGGGACGCUGCUAAGAAAAACAGAAAUGAGGAAGUGCGAGAACUUGUCAAAUAUGUGAGAAAAAGAGAUCCUAGAGUUAAGGCUUACAAGAAACUUUUAGAAGAGAGGGCUGAAGAAAUUUCCAGAAAGGCCAAAGAAAACAGAGAAAAACACUUAAAAGAAAGAUUAAAACACUUUGAAGAUUAUAAGGAGAAUUCAUUUUCUGCUGCACAUGAGGCAGAAUUAGCUCAACUAGAAUCCAAUUUAGCAGAACAUUUUGGGGAAGAACAGAACAAUGAAGAUGCAGAGAGCUGUGAUGAAGAGGAGGAGGAAGAGGAAUAUUAUGAUGAUCUAUUCUGUGUGGCAUGUAACAAGUCAUUUAAAAGUGAAAAAUCAUAUGUGAAUCAUGAGAAAUCCAAGAAACAUAAAGAAGGUGUUGCAUUCCUUAAAGAAGAAAUGAAAGAAAGUGUUGAUGGUAUAGAUGAACUUCUUAUUCUCAAUGAUGAUGAUGAUUCUGAUGAAGAAGAAAUUACUUCUUCUAAACUUUCAAAAAAGCAAAAAAAGAAAAAGAAGCAACAACAGAAAAACAUUUCUAUGGUAGAUGAUGAUAACCUUGUAGAGAGCACUUCCUCUUUAACAGUGAAUGAUAAGGAAGAGGAUGAAAACAAAGUUAAACAAAGCAACAAAUCGAAAAAGGAAAGAAGAAAAGAGAAAGAACUACAGGAGAAACUAAAGAAUAAAACUACUGAAGAAUGUCAACCAGAAAGUGUAACAGACAGUGAAAAUAAAGAUAAUGUGGAUCAGAAUGAAGACAGACUCAAAGCUGAUAUACCAGAAACAAAUGGAGUAGUAGCCUUCAAUGAAUGUAGUACAGAAACAGAGGUUAAAUCUCACAACAAACAUGAAAAUAUUGUCAAGGAUUGGAAGUGUAAUGUGUGUAGUGUAAAUUAUCCCACUAGAAAUAAAUUAUUCGGACAUAUAAAAGAAAGUGGACAUGCUUUACGUGUAGAGGAGGGUAGUGUAGACAGUGGGAAAGGAAAGAAAAAUAAAAAGAAAGGCAAACGAUGACCAGGGAUAAAAUCAUAGGUUAUUUGGAAAUAAAAUAAUUGACAAUUUCUAAGAGGGAAAUGUUUACUAAUUGUGGAAGAACAACAGUAAUUUUGGUUGAGCUGUAUGUGAUAGUUUCCAGACCAAUCAACUAACUUUUAAUUGAAUAAAGGGAUAAAACAUCAA